AGAUGUGUUUUCCUUGAGUGGUGUGAAAACAAAAUGUUAAACAGUUAUGACAUUGUCUGAUCAGCUGUUAUUCGUUUAAGAAAGCUUGUAUGAAUUCAGAAUUCAGUAAUAUGAAGGAGAGCUGAUCACCUUUAAUAUUUUUCAUCACAUUCUAUGACAGAAUGCUUUUAGAGGAAGGUGAAGAAGAGGAGCAGAACAUAUCUUAUGGCGUAAGGCAGCAAGAAGAGAACAACAUGGAGACCAAUAAUCCGUCUGGCUCUGGGGUUGAAGUUACGGUUUCUUCAACCAGUGGGACAGAUGUCCAAUUUGAAAAUUCAUCUGGUGAGAGACUACAAUCACAAGGAAGUGGCCUCCUUAAUGUUUCUGACUCUGUCAUUGAAACAGGAGCUAGUUUAAGUCCUGGUGCACCAAAUAAUCCUGGCACAAGUGGUGUCAGCUCCGCUCCUGCCACACCUGAAGCUCACCGUCAGGACCGAGGAUUCCUCAUACAAUCAUCCCCAUUGACUGCAUUUGGAGCUCUACCUGAAAUCACGAGCAUUAAAGAAGGGACUAUGUUGCCAUGGGGUGCCCACAAGGAACGUUCUUCCUAUCCAACAUGUGUAAAUGUUGAUAUAAAUAUAAGGCCUGGGGAGUUUGUGAUGCGGACAUUGUUUGCAGAGUUCACUAUUCAGGCUGAGAAAAAAAUUGAGUCUGUUUUGGCAGAUCCUCCGGAACGAUUAUUAUCUAAAGCAUUGCAGCGUGGAGAAGACUUAGUAUUUGAUCAGCUCUUAAGUGCUUUUGGCUCAGUUGCUGAACAUUGUCUGCCAUCAAUUCUUAGAGCUCUCUUUGCUUGGUAUGAAAGACAAAUGGGAGUUUCAGAUCCUGUAUCCAUUGAACAAAAGAAAAGUGACCAGAAAGGGAAAAGCUCCGAGUCAACUGAGCGCAGUGAAGCAGAUUUGCAGCAAGAACGCAGAGAUCUAGCUGUGGAGUUCAUAUUUUGUCUGAUGCUUAUUGAGGUGCUCAGACAACUUCCAUUUCACCCUGGUCAUGAAGAUCUUGUAAAAUACAUUGAAGAUAUUGCAUUUAAACAUUUCAAACAUCGUGAAGGAUCACAAAGUAGCCCCAAUGCUGCAAAUAUUCAUAUUGUGGCUGAUCUUUACGCAGAGGUUAUUGGAGCCCUGGCUCAGUCCAGAUUUUCCUCUGUUCGUAAGCGUUUUAUGGCUGAAUUGAAGGAAUUGCGAAGCAAAGAGCCUAGCACUAAUCCUCAGCACAGUAUGUCUACCACACACAGCAUUAUAGCUUUACUUAUGGGCAUGAAAUUCUUUCGGGUAAAGAUGGUGCCCAUUGAGGAAUUUGAAGCAUCUUUCCAGUUUAUGCAAGAAUGUGCUCAGUACUUUUUGGAAGUUAAGGACAAAGAUGUGAAGCAUGCAUUAGCUGGCCUAUUUGUUGAAAUUUUGGUACCAGUUGCAGCAACAGUUAAAAAUGAAGUAAAUGUGCCAUGCCUCAAGAAUUUUGUUGAAAUGCUUUAUCCUCAGACAUUGGACAUGUGUACCAAAAAUAAGCAUCGGCUGCCACUGUUUCCUAUGGUCACUUGUUUGCUGUGUGUCAGUCAAAAGCAGUUCUUUUUACAAAACUGGCAUUAUUUUCUUGCUAUGUGUCUGUCACACCUAAAAAAUAAAGACCCAAAAAUGUGUCGUGUGGCUCUGGAAGCUCUCUAUCGUCUUCUGUGGGUGUAUAUGAUUCGUAUCAAGUGUGAAAGUAACACAGCGACUCAGUCCCGAUUGCAGAGUAUUGUGAAUUCUUUAUUUCCAAAAGGAUCAAAAGCAGUUGUGCCCCGAGAUACACCUUUGAAUAUUUUUGUGAAGAUUAUUCAAUUCAUUGCUCAAGAAAGGCUGGACUUUGCUAUGAGGGAGAUUGUGUUUGACUUGCUGUCAGUAGGACGUCCAAUUAAAAUAAUCCUGACUCCCGAACGAAUGAGCAUUGGGUUGCGAGCUUUUCUUGUGGUGGCUGAUAGCCUUCAACAAAAAGAAGGGGAGCCCCCUAUGCCUCGUACUGUGGGAGUGAUGCCAUCCGGAAAUACUCUACGUGUGAAGAAGACUUUCCUUAACAAAAUGCUCACAGAAGAUACUGCACGAAGCAUUGGAAUGCAUGCUUACUUCCCUCACGUACGGAGAGUCUUUGUAGAUAUAUUACGUGCAUUGGAUGUGCACUACGGUCGCCCUCUGAUGUUAACAAAUGUUCAAAAUGUCAACAAGGAGUCGCAUGCCACAUCAAACCCAAGCUUUUCCUCUUACUUUCUUCGUCAAGAGCCUGAUGAGCUUAUAACUGGAGAAAGGAAGCCUCGCAUUGAUUUGUUCCGUACUUGUGUUGCUGCUGUACCAAGACUGAUACCUGAUGGCAUCACUGGAGCUGAACUUGUAGAUCUCCUUGCCAGACUUACUGUUCAUAUGGAUGAAGAGUUACGCGUUCUUGCAUUUCAAAGUCUUCAGACUUUAGUCAUUGACUUCCCUGACUGGAGGCAGGAUGUCAUCUGUGGAUUCACUCAGUUUGUUGCAAGGGAUGUGCAAGAUACAUUUCCACAACUUCUAGACAAUGGCCUGAGAAUGCUCUUGCAGUUACUUACUAGCUGGAAAAACGCACUGGUUGUUCCCGGGACCACAACAUUGCGAACUUCAGUUGCACAUUCUUCUCAACCUGUUCCUACGCAUCCACCCUCUGCAGCCAGCAGUGACCGAGGUAGUGAAAGAAGUACCAUUAGUGACCGCAGCACAGCUAGCGAAAGGGAAUUCCACAUUCUUCAACCAAAGAAACUGCAGGAUGCUGUUCAGAAAGUGGAAGCUGUUGGAAAUGUCUUGCACAUGGUGGAGGCAUUAGCCUUAGUUAUGCUGUGCCACUGCAGGUUAUAUCCUCGCAGACUCUCGGUGCACAUACUCAGGGAAGUGAAGCAUUUGCUAAAGUUAAUGGGUUCGGCAGGUCCUGAUCAACCAGUCAUUGAUGUUAUUGAUAAAUGUUGCCCUGUAGUGUUUGAGAAGUGCCUCAGCUCUCUCCCUCCAGCUGAAAAGUCUGCAGCAUUAGCCAUUUCUUCCAUUGAUUUGCAAUGGAUAGCUGACCGUAGUUCCUCAGUUUGGACUGCAGGUUUUCAGGAUGAAAAUAGUACCAAGAGCUCUUCCCAGUUGAAUUUGGCUGGAUUCGACCCUUGGACAACAUGUUUGUUUGGCUUCUUAGAGAAAGAUCGAGUACUGUCUUGUUGUCCGACUGCUGUCAUUCAUUCUUGGCCUAUAGUGUUUUCAAGAAUUAACUCUCUGUUUACUGUAAUUGAUCCAACGCCUGUCAGUGACAACCGUGCAUCUUUGCUCAGAAGUUCUGUAACAGUAAAGAAGCCAGUAAAUGAGAGAGACAUUUACAUGCAUGUGUGGAAAACUUAUGUUGCAUUUGCAUUUCGUGUCGUCCCUCCCAUCCCCAGCCCUAUCGUUCGAUGUGCCUCUCCAGAUUUGAGCCUGAGCUCCUCUCCAGACAGCCUGACUAACGAGCGUGGAGACAGCAAGGCCCCCUCCAGCACACAGGUGUCGCCAAGCGGCCUGUACAAGUUGGUCGUCCCACUUCUGCGUUGCGAGGCGGCUGACGUCCGGGACGCGGCCGUUCAGGCCCUCGGCAGAGUCAACGUGGACGCGCUCAAGGACCUGUUGGAGGAGCUGGUUCUGUACAUCCGGGAGGCCGUCGAUCGAAAGCAGGAGAACAUGCGGCGUCGUCGUCGACGGGACGCUCUCCGGCUGCAGGUGGUGCGCGUCCUGGAGCUGGUGGCUGAACACGGCACCUUCGGCAUGAGCUCUUGUGUGCUGGAGAGGGACACUCAGUCUCUGCACCCGACCAUCGUCGAGUACAUCGAGGGCGCUAGAAUCUACCUUGAGAGCGAACCAGAGAAGGACCUGCCAUCGACAGUCAAGCUGCACUUCUGCAAUUUCCUCCGGAAGAUGAUAAAAAGCUUUUCUCUGGAGACGUGCCAUACGCUGCUCAAGAGGGACCUGCGGCGCAACCUCUUCUCGCUCUUCACCGGCUGGACGGGACGCUUCGGCCGCGCGCUCGGCGUCGGCCAGGCGCAGCAGGAGGCUCAGCCGGACGACUCGGCGGCCUGCACCGAGCUGCAGCUGUCCGCCCUGCAGGCCAUGAGCGCGCUGCUGUGCUGCGGGCCCUGCUUCGACCCGGAGGCCCUGUCCGAGGACGGCGCCCUGUACCCCUGGCUGGACAUGCUCCUCUCCUCGCACGACGAGAAGGUGAGCCCCUGGGCCCCCGCAGGGUAG